AUGACCAAUAUAAGGACGGCUCUUGUUGCGGAUCCCUUGCUUCCUAGACCAAAUCCCACAGCUUCUCUUUGGCAAAAUCCUGCGCAUCCAAUCGUUGCAGCGAUACAAUCUCCAACAUUACCGACACUUACCGACUAUGUCAUUAUUGGUUCUGGCAUCACUGGCUGCAGUGUUGCGAGAUCCCUUCUAGACGAUUGCAAAUCACCAGACGAAAGGCCACAUGUUACUAUUCUGGAGGCGAGAACGCUAUGCAGUGGUGCGACUGCGCGCAAUGGCGGACAUCUCGUGACCCCGGCUGGACACACCUAUGGACCUUUAGCGAAAAGAUAUGGAGAAGAGGCGGCGAAAGAAAUAACUCGAUUUAGCAUCAUGAAUAUUGACCGUUUGAUGAAGCUGGUGCGCGAGAUGGACCCGAAACUUCAGGAAGAGUGCCAGAUGAGAGAUGUCCUCAAGGUCAUGGCUGUUUUCGAUGAGGAUCUUUGGAAAGAGGUGGAAGAGUCUGUGAGGGCGUUUCAGAGAGGCGUGCCAGAGCAUAGAACGUUCCAUCGGAUAAUAGAGAGAAAUGAUGUUCCCGAGAAGUGGAAUGUCAAAGGCGCAUGCGGUGCUGUUGAGCAUGAGGCGGGAGCAAUAUGGCCAUAUCGAUUGAUAACCGGCAUGUUUGAGCGUCUUCUCGCUCGAUAUCCGUAUAAUCUUUCCAUAGAAACCAACACCCCGGCGACGUCUAUCCAAUACAUCGUACCGGAUCUAUCCACGACACCAGGCUCUGAUUACAAGUACGCAGUAUCAACACCGCGCGGUAUCAUCCAUGCGAAAAGAAUCGUGCAUUGCACGAAUGCCUAUGCUUCUCAUCUCCUCUCACCUCUGGCAGGCAGGAUAUACCCAUUCCGCGGGACGAUGUCAGUUCAAAAGGCCGGCCCAAACUUAAAGAAUCUGGGCAACGAAAAAUCAUGGAGUUCUAUGAGCCGGUCUCAAUUUGAUCUAAAGAGCGGUGUGUUCCAGUACGGACUGUAUUAUCUCCAACAAAAUGGGAAAACAGGUGACAUUUGGGUUGGAAAUGAAUGCGACAACGUGCUCGAAGCUCUACAAAGCGACGAUACGUACGUAUCGGAGGAAGGAAGAAAAGCUCUGCUGUCUUUCCUGCCAAAUUAUUUCUUGGAAGGGUGGCCAAGCGGCAGUAAACCAGAUCUGAAAGCAAUCUGGACGGGGAUUCAGGGUCAUACGGCCGAUGGGCUUCCAGUUGUAGGAAAAGUACCAGAACAUUUGACGGGGAGGCAGGGUAGUGACGACGAAUGGGUCGCGGCAGGAUUCAAUGGGUACGGGAUGGACAAAUGCUGGCUCACCGGUGAAGCACUGGCCAGCAUCAUGAUGGACAGGGGCGUCGCCACCUGGUUCCCGAAGUGUUUUCUACUUACAGAAGAACGGUUGGAGAAAACUUUGCAUUUAGAGCACGCCUUGGAGAAUUGGAGGUCCAUUGCAACAAAAGCCACAUAG